GUUUCACCCCUGGAGAUGUGGAGAUUCCAUUUAGGAGCUGCAGAUCUGAAGCAGAGAAAGAAACCAAACAGUACAGAAGCUGAAGGAAAAGCUCCCGAAGAAAAGGAGGAGGAAACAAAAAAGUCAAAAAAAUCUCCAAGAUAUGUCUUCAUUCCACGUUUCGCAAAGCUUUUCUUUGGCUGUCUUGCAGCAGUCAUAAGUGGAAUGAUGUAUGCCAUGUACCUUUCGACAUACCAUGAGCGCAAAUUCUGGUUCUCUGGCAGGCCGGAGCUUGAACGAGAAAUCACAUUUCAGGGUGAUGGUGCCAUUUACUACUCAUUUUACAAAGACUUAUUAAGAGCUCCCUCCUUUAAAAGAGGCGUUAAUCAAUUAACCCACGACAACAGGACUCUCUCGUUGAAGACCAUGAAUGUCGUGCGGCAAAUGACGUUGUAUCCAGAAUUGAUCGCCAGCCUCUUAUACCACGCAUCUGGCAGUGAAGAGGUUAUUGAGCCAGUAUAUUUUUACAUUGGUAUAGUAUUUGGACUGCAGGGGAUCUAUGUGACUGCGUUGUUUGUAACCAGCUGGCUUAUGAGUGGGACUUGGCUGGCAGGGAUGCUGACUGUUGUCUGGUUCAUUAUUAACAGGGCAGAUACCACAAAAAUAGACUAUUCUAUCCCGUCAAGAGAAAAUUGGGCAUUGCCAUAUUUUGCUUGUCAAGUAGCAGCUAUUACUGGCUAUUUAAAGAACAACAUAAAUCCUUCUGCUGAGAGGUUUUGCUACCUGUUGGUGAGCGCUUCAACCUACUCUUUCAUGAUGAUGUGGGAGUACAGUCACUAUCUGCUGUUUGUCCAGGCCGUGUCUCUCUUCUUGUUGGACACUGUGGGUUUCACGCAGACAGAGAAGGUACAUGAAGUGUAUAAGGUCUACCUGUUUUCUCUCUUUCUCGGAUACAUGUUACAGUUUGAGAAUCCAGCUCUGUUAGUGUCUCCACUCCUCAGCCUUGUCGCAGCGGUGCUGCUGGCAAAAUACCUCCAGAUGAAUACAAAAAAGGGGACGCUUCUUUCAAGGAUGCUGAAGGUCAUUUACUUUUAUUUGGUAUUCACAAUAACAGUGACUUUGAAUUUUGUAGUGAAGACUUUUAUUCCCCAUAAAGAAAAUGAACAUUUAAUGAAAGUGCUUGAAGUAAAAUUGGGUUUAAAUAUUACUAAGAACUUCACAAUCAACUGGCUGCUUUGUCAAGAGUCCCUUCAGACACCAUCCCAAGACUUCUUUCUGCGGCUUACUCAGUCCUCACUAUUGCCUUUCUACAUUUUAGUGCUAAUCAUUUGCCUCGUGUCUGUUGGCCAGGCCACCUUCAGGAGAAUUUGUGGUGAACCAGUCAAUGACACAGCGAAGCUUGAGGGCGGGAGGAUUGGAGAAAGGCCAGAGGUGGUGUACCAUGUACUUCAUACACUUUCACUGGGAUUGCUUGCAAUGAUGAUGGAAGGAAUGAAGUACGUGUGGACUCCCUAUGUUUGCGUGAUUGCUGCGUUUGGCGUAUGCUCUCCGGAGCUCUGGAUGACUCUCUUCAAGUGGCUCCGACUGAAGGCUGUGCACCCUAUUUUGCUGGCUCUUAUCCUGAGUAUGGCAGUUCCAGCUAUCAUAGGCUUCAGCUUAUGGAAAGAGUUUUUUCCUAGGAUAAUGGCAGAACUUUCAGAACUGCAGGAAUUUUAUGACCCUGACACAGUCGGACUCAUGACCUGGAUCAAAAGACAGGCUCCUAUUGCUGCUGUGUUUGCCGGCAGUCCACAGCUGAUGGGUACAAUCAAGUUGUGCACUGGCUGGAUGGUGACCAAUCUGCCCCUGUAUAAUGAGGAGGACCUGCAAAAGAGGAAUGAGAAUAUAUUUCAGAUCUAUUCCAAAAGAUCAGCUGAAGAUAUUUACAAGAUACUCACGUCAUACAAAGCCACCUAUUUGGUUAUAGAGGAUUCCAUUUGCAAUGAGGUGGGGCCUGUGAGGGGAUGCCGGGUCAAAGACUUACUGGAUAUUGCCAAUGGCCAUGUGUAUUAUGAAGAAAACGACAGCUAUGGCUACUCUAAAUACGGGCGGUUUUGUCAGGAGAUCAAAAUGAACUAUUCUCCAUACGUGAACUACUUCACUCGAGUAUACUGGAACAGAUCCUAUUACGUAUACAAAAUCAACACUGUGAUAUCCUUCCAGUCCUGAGAUGCCAUUUUGAAGACUGACUUGAGUUGGCAGAAUUCCUAAAUGGGAAGAGGUCAUUUACGAACGUACUUUUUAUAUCCCAUAUACAGUAUAAACACACACACACACACACACACACACACAUCCUUGAGAACAUGCAAAGUGGUACCUGACUGGAAUACUGCAGACAGACUACAGCACAGCGAAAGAGAGAGAUGCUGCAAGGCCAUGAGAGUAGAAGACUGUCUUCCAUAUUUUAAAAUACCUCUUCCCAGCUUUUCCAGUUUUAACCUUAUUUUAAUGUGCAUUGAUUUUCUUUUUUCCAUUGUUUAUAGCAACCGCUGCCUUUAAGUAGUUUUAUUUACUUGGUUAAAUAUAAAAAAGGAACGUGUAAACCUUCUGGGCAUGAUCCUGAAGCUAUGCAUAUUUAUCUGGGGUUGUGGGAAGAUAUUCAGUCCUUUUUGUAGCUGCAGGUUCCCGCAUUUUUUUUAAUGAAUGGAAGUGGAGCGGGAGGGUUUGGAGAUUGCUGGAAAUUAUUUGGGUAGGGUGGGGGAUGAGUUUUAUACAGGGUAUUGCUUGGCUGAGAUUGAUUCUUGUUAAUCAUGGUUGCUAGCUAUGAUCUGCCUUCUGUUCCAAUACACUGGCAGAUCUGUCAUUGAUCUUCAAUGGGGCACAAUUUUACCCUACGUUUGCUGAAAGGCUAUAUCCUAAGAAGGUAGCACACAGUGGAUUACAUGUCUUU